CCCAAAAUGAUAUCUUGCAAGAUAACAGGGUAAGAUCGUGUGAGGUAAAAUGUAGCACGCUGGGUUACUGUUUAGAGUUUAUUGUUGCGUAACUGUUGUGCUGUUUCUCAGUCUGCUGAAGAGGACAUAAAGUAAAAACAACACAGCCGAGGAAGUUUGUGUCCUGCCUCCAUCUACUGGACAGGCCGCGUUACCGAAGUCACCUACAGCGAGCGUCCAGCAGGCGGAGCUAUAUUUCCAUAUAUGGUCCGUGGCGUUACUGCAGUGGGCGGGACUUCGCAUUCGAUUGGUUCAACUGGUGUCCAUCACCUCAGGAGAAUGGUCGUCCCUGAUGGUGGAAGUGUCAUUCAACCAGCCGAUAGCGGUGAUGCAGACGAGUUGAUGUCCAGUUCAGAGCCGGAGUUCGAUCCGAAUCUGACCACGGUGGAGCUGGAGGAGGUCCGUAAGCUGCAGGAGCUGGUGCGACGUCUGGAGGUCCAGAAUCAGGCCUUGCGCAACAGGGGCAGCAAACUCGUGCUGGAGGCCACCGGCAACAGCAACCUCGCCACAGGGACUAACAUGAAUAACCUGCACGGGGCCAUGGACACUUCUCCUAGAGCAGAGGAUGCUGGGACCCUGGCGCUGUCGCCUCCGGCGGGGAGCAGUAGCAGUGAGGACAUGUCUCCGUUACCUGAGGCUUCCAGGCUGGAGGAUGAGGAGGAACGGGAUGGAUUCUUGAGCUCGCCGUGUGCUUCAGGCUCCAAACAAACACUGGGACACUUUGACCCAUGCCUGUCUCCAGAUAUAUGUGAUUCAGACACGCUGGGAGCGAGUGAUGCGGGUAUGGACCAGUCCGCCUUGGACGAGGUGGAUGAACUUGACUUAGAGACGUGUGCUCAGACCGAGGAUGAGGACAGCUGGUUGUACGUUUCACCAAAGAAGCAGGUUGUGGCUGAACAGGGGCCUGAAUCACCACUCAAAUGGUGUCGAAAAGUUCUUGAUCAUCCUAGUCCAGAGACUGAAGUCGCCUGUCGGACUCUCAUCAACCGGCUAGACCAAACGUCUAGAUGGAAGAACGUGUACAGUAGCCCAUCUCAGUCCAGUGAGGCUGGCGUCUCGGCGUCGUCCUCUGCUGGGUACCUCAAAUCAACUAACAAAACACUACUAACCUCUGGCAGCUCAGGUCACAUGGGCGUUCACUCUGCUCUCAGCUCACAGUCGUCUGUUGACAGUGAGUUAAGCACCUCAGAUGACUCCAUCUCUAUGGGUUAUAAGCUUCAGGACCUGACUGAUGUUCAGAUAAUGGCUCGUCUGCAGGAGGAGAGUCUGCGGCAGGACUACGCCUCUACCUCGGCCUCGCGCCGCAGCUCCUCUGCCUCACUACAAUCUCUGCGUCGAGGCACCUACAGCGAUCAGGAGUUUGACUCCUACAGUCUGGAGGACGAGGAGGAUGAGUGCUGCUCUCUGCCGCAGCGGCUCCAGCGCUAUUCGCCCUCACCCCACAGCUCGCCCCGCUGCCUGUCUCCCAACACACUGGCCGAGUACAGCCGCCUGGCCGCCCCGCGUCCGCGCAUGUCCCGCCGCUCCCUGCAGGGCCCAGGGGUCAAGAGCGAGGAGGAGCUCAGGCACAGCAUGCCUAACCUGACCCCGCGCAGCAGCCUGCACUCUCUGGAGGCAGUCAGAAACAGCCGCAGCAUGGAGGCUAACUUACAGAGCUCAGGCAACCGCACGUCCCGUCUGCCUCAGUCCCCCACAGGUGUAUCAUCUGCGAGGAUGAGGGCUGAUGGCCAGUCCCCUCUCUAUCUGCGCACUCCCAUGAAAGCCCUGAGUCCCGUGAGCUCUAUGUCUGGGGUGCGACAGAAUGCCAAAGGGCCACCGAGCUCCCAGGGAGGGAUGAGGAGGGUGCAGUCACCGGGUCCCUCCAACGGGGCGUCAUACUCGGGCUGCAGGACCGCCGCUGUAACCCGGCAAACGUCGGGAAGAGGCUUGACACCCGCAUCGCCUUCUUCCAGAGGCAGACUUCCACAGACACCCAGGAGGUCACUGGGAAUGACCAAACCGUGUACUCCCAUCGCCGACGAAUCCUGGAAAGACGGUUGUUACUGAAGCCCUGAGAACUUCACCGGUUUUCCUCACAGUGAAAUCCAACACGCACCACUGCCUCGAAAGACACGGCAGAGAAAAAUCAACACCGAGUUCGAUCAAAUCCAGAGCCUCCAUAAUAGUGGACAACGGAUCUGACACCGUUUGCAUUGAAAGACUGGAACAAAUUGUCACUUGAUUUUCAAAUAUCAAUAUACUUUUAUUUUCAUGAGAAUGGGGAAGUAUGAAAAAAAAAAUGAAAACUUGAAUAAUGAAAAAGUUUGAUGUCCUGUAAUACAUGUAGUUUUUGUGAAACGAUGUGUGGAAUUGAAUUCCUAAAUGCUGUGGAGUAACCUGAUGUUGCAUGUUUAUCUAUUUUUAGAAAUGAAGGAUAUAUGAUUUUUAUUUGUGAAAAAAUGGGAGAAUUUUUAAUUUGAUGAAGGAACCAUAUUCUGUAAAGCGAGAAAUUUGUCUGUUUUGUAUGGUCAAGACAAAACACAGCAAUAUUGAAAAAUAGUUUUCACGAAAAAUUGACCUCAGAGAAGUAAAUAAUUUUAAUGUUUUAUUUUAAUGGAGAUCACAUGGAUGUGCCAAGGUGCAUUACUACUGCGACACUGUUCCUUAAUUCAGAGUGCUUGAAGUUACCACACUUACACUCCAUCUGGAAGUUUGAAUAUGAAUUUUGAUGCCUGUAUAGUCUAGGUUUAAACAUGCACUAAGCCAGUAAAAUUGGAAAUAUAUGAGUAUGCAAUGAUAAUGCAGUGCCUCAGAAAAUCAAUAAAUCAAUUUCAGCAAUAAA